CUACUUCGGCCUGUCUCCGCCCAGCAGCGCGCGCUUUGAGUGCCGGGCUUUGGCCCCUGGUCCUGCGCGUCCGGGGGAGUGGCGCUCAGUUGGGCGCCUUCUGCGGUUUGAGAUUCCACCCAAACUCCUACCAGCAAGGUCACUUCCUUCUUUCUGCCCAGUCUAGCCAUUCAUUCCCUCAGUGGGCUGGCUUUUCCUUACGGUCUCUAGCCCUGUUCUUGCCCGAGCAUGUUUUUUUUCAGGGCGGCAUGGUAGGAGCCUCACACAGGAACUCUGUUCCCAUAAAGAACCCACUGGUGACUCGAACCCCGCCACCAUGAAUGGGGUCUUGAUCCCUCAUACGCCCAUCGCGGUGGACUUUUGGAGCUUGCGCCGGGCUGGCUCCGCCCGACUCUUCUUCCUGACCCACAUGCAUUCGGACCACACCGUGGGUCUGACUAGCACCUGGACCCGGCCCCUCUACUGCUCCCCAAUCACGGCUUACCUCUUGCACCGUCACCUACAGGUGUCUAAGCAGUGGAUCCGAGCCCUGGAGGUUGGUGAGAGCCAUGUCCUGCCUCUAGAUGAAGCUGGACGAGAGACCAUGACGGUCACCCUCUUGGAUGCCAAUCACUGCCCGGGCUCUGUCAUGUUUCUCUUUGAAGGAUACUUUGGAACCAUCCUCUACACAGGUGAUUUUCGGUAUACACCAUCUAUGCUGAAGGAGCCAGCCCUAAGACUGGGGAAACAGAUUCAUACCUUAUACCUAGACAAUACCAAUUGCAACCCAGACCUGGUUCUUCCUUCCCAAGAAGAAGCUGCCCGCCAGAUUGUUGAACUCAUUCGAAAGCACCCACAACAUAACAUAAAAAUUGGACUCUACAGCCUGGGAAAAGAGUCGCUGCUGGAGCGGCUGGCCCUGGAGUUUCAGACCUGGGUGGUCCUGAGUCCUCGGCGCCUGGAGUUGGUACAGCUGCUGGGCCUGGCAGAUGUGUUUACAGUGGAGGAGAAGGCUGGCCGCAUCCAUGCUGUGGACCACAUGGAGAUCUGCCAUUCCGCCAUGCUGCGUUGGAACCAGACCCACCCUACCAUCGCCAUCCUCCCCACCAGCCGGAAGAUCUACCGCUCCCACCCGAAUAUCCACGUCAUCCCUUACUCUGACCACUCCUCCUACUUGGAGCUCCGUGUCUUUGUCGCAGCCCUGAAGCCUUGCCAGGUGGUCCCCAUUGUCCGGCGACAGCCCUGUAGGGACUACUUUCAGGACAGCUUGAGCCCCAGCCUCUCUGUGCCCCUGAUUCCAGACUCUGUACGUCAAUACAUGAGUUCCUCCUCCAGAAAUCCAAGUUUUCUCUGGCCAUUUUUAGAAAGGAAGCUCAAGAGGCUGAGAACCCAGGGUGUCGUGUUUGAAUCCCUUGAGGAAGACGCUGAUCACUCUCAAGCUGACAGGGACUUGAAAACCAAGAAUGAGAACCUGGCUGGGAAGCUUGAGAAGCAGCCAUCCCACCAUCCUUUGCAGAUCAAGAAGCCGUCGUUCCCAGGUGUCUGCAGCCGAGAAUGGGAGGGGGCAGUCCUUUCCUCUGAGUCCCAGAAGAUGGUGACUGUAUUAACUACCCCUUCGGGUUUUCCUGUCCACUUAAGGUCUACAAAUGAGAAAUUUCUUUCUCCGAAAACUGGGGAGGAAAUUGGUGUAGGGUCCUACUUGGUACCCGUGGGAGACAGUGUGGCCUCAGCAGCCACAGAGAACCAGAGAGCCUGGAUGGGCCAGGAUUCUCCCCUGUCUCCCGGCAGUGAGGCUGCCCCUCUUCUGACUCCUGAGCUCAGGGGCCUGGCACUCAAAUACCUUCUGACUCCAGUGGACUUUAUCCAGACAGGAUUUUCUCCCAGGAUCUUCGACCAGCAAGUGGAAAAAUACCAUAAACUCUUGAGUACAGAUGGGAGGGUACAGAAUGACAACCUUGUUUGAUCCAACUCUGCACUUUUUUUUUUUUUAAACUCAUCAAGAGUUGUUUAUUUUCAAAGUUAGCUCUCUUUGUAUUUCCACCACUAAGAAAUGGGCAGUGCCACAGCCCUACUGUACUUUUGAAGAUAGUGGCAGAUGGCUUAUUUGGGGCCUUACUUUUCUGUGUUACAGGCCCACCCUUUAACAACACUUCUCAAGGUGUGUUCAUUGGACUCCUGGUGCUUAUGGAAUCCUUAGUUCUCUAAUUGACUUGGUGUUUAAGAAACACUUUCCAUUCUAAUACCUUUACAGUAUUUGUGAGCACUUAAAUGUUUUGAGAAGUCCUAUAGGAACUUAAUCUAUUUAACUUUGUUUAGCCCAGUAUUUCUGUAACCUUUGUGAAUAUGUAGUCCUCUUUUGUGACUGCAGAGAGAGAUGAAGGGUCUUUUCAGAAAGGACCAGUUUAUUCCCACUGUUUUGCAUGUCAUGUGUCAUUCCCCAUGUUGCCUUCUGUCUCUUCCUAGAUGAAAGCCCCUAGGUAGUUCUGUUCUUUAAUUCAGGAACUGUGGAACAGGAAGAUAGAGUGGUGACCCAGGCAGCAUGCUCCAGUCCUGAAUGUCACUGACCCCAUCUAAGUCACUUCCUGGGUCUGCCCCAGGGAGGGAACAGGAAGUGAUGAAUGUCCUUAGAAAAGUGGAGAAAAAUUCCACCUCUCCUCCAUGAGAGUUUGCAGUUAGUGUCCCUGCGGACCUACCUGGAAGAGAGCCAGCUGGGGGUUCUGGACGCCCCUCACCAAGGCAGUACCUGGAACUCAGCCGACAAUUAGGCUGAGGGUUAGAAUGGGCCUCCCAGCCACCUGGAGGUCCCGACUGUUUGGCAAAAUAAGGUUACAGAGAUCAAAUAUGCUGCCAGGUAGUCCUGAUUGGUCACAUAGCUGGGAUCCUUGCUGUCCCCCCCUUCCACUCUGUAUCUCCCCUCCCCCAUCCUCAGGUUGAGAGCCAGAGGACACAGCCUGUUGGUUUUAGUAUCCAGGGCAGAGACCAAGAAGCCAGCUGGUGGAAGGGGUGGGGGUGUGACGUUCUGCCCUGUCCUUCUGCUCACAGCCUGACAAAAUGCCAAACCAAUAAGCAGGACAGCAGACACCAUGGUCUCAGAGGGUGCAGGCAUGUGGAGCCGGACACAUGGAUAAAAACUGUUUCACAGUGGAGCUCAAACCUUCCCAAUGAAGAGGCCUGUGUUUCUUUUCCAGGGGGCAGGAAAUUGUCUACUUCUGGAGGAAGAUAUGAAGAGUUUAGAAAGCAAAAUAAGGCCUUUCUCUAGGGCAAGCUGUCCACAGUUGUUUUGUCAGUGACCUUCACUGCAACCCUCCCGUGGGCCUGCUAGGAACCAUACUGGUGAGGCAUGUGGGGCAGCAGGGGACAUGGGCACUGUCCUGGGCGUGAGUCCAAGGCACCUGGGCAAGUAGAGAUUCCAGGCUUCCAUAACGGAGCCUCAGUUUCUCAUCUGUAAACCAGCCAUGGAGAUGCUUUUGUGUGUGUGCUCAGUCGUGUCUGACUCUGCAACCCCAUAGACUGUGGCACCUGUCCAUGGGAUUUCCCAGGCAAGAAUACUGCAGUGGGUUGCCAUUUCUGUCUCCAGGGGAUCUUCCUCACCCAGGGAUCGAACCCACAUCUCUCAUGCAUUGACAGGUGGGUUCUUUACCACUAGGGCUACCUGACCUCUCCUGACUGCUAUGGAGCUUAGAUAGUUGGUCACAUUCCUAGCUCAGUGCCUUCCACAUGAUGGGUAUUUGAAAUAUUGGUUCUCUUAGCCUCUGGUUCUUAAAAAAAAUUAUUCUCUGAUAAAAUAAACUGGAAGUCAUAAAAUAUAAAGAAAGAAGUCAAACUUCUUCCAUGUGGAUCAAUUGUCUUCUAGUCUUUUUCUGUGUGUGCAAAUAUAUUAAAUGUACAAUUUUUUCCAAAUUGGGGUAAUACUGUAUAUAGUAUUUUAUAUCCUGCAUUUCACUUUA